AUGAAUCUGCUUGAAUGCAGUGACCCUUCCAUGGAGAGGUACGCGAGACAUUUCUGCCCGAAUUGCGACAGGAGCUACAAGCACAAGUUCACCCUCAACGCCCACCUGAGGUACGAGUGCGGGAAGGAGCCCCAGUUCAUGUGCAGAUUCUGCCCGUACAAGUGUAGAUUUAUUUGCCCGAAAUGUGGCCGUGGGUACAAGCACAAGCAUCACAUGAAUUCACACCUGAAAUACGAAUGCAAUACGGCGCCACAGUUCGAGUGCAAAUUUUGUAACAAGAUGUUCAAGCAGAAGGUCAACAUGAAAAGCCAUAUCGCUCUCAAGCAUAGCAAUUGGACAGGGCCGAAUCCCUUGAAAGUUACGGUGCGAAAAAUGCGGCAAGUUUUACAAGAACAGGUCGAACUUGUUGGCACACCAGAUGCACGUCCACAAGAUACCAAAUUCAAUGAGAGGCAUGUUUGCCUGAAAUGCGGCCGGACGUACAAGCACAAAAGGAACCUUAACACUCACGUGAGGAACGAGUGUGGCCAGGAGCCCAAGUUCUUCUGCACUCUCUGCCCCUUCAAAAGCAAGCAGAAGUCAAAUCUGAAGAGCCACAUCGCCAUAAUGCACAGAAUGGAGUUUGACAACACAGAAGAUUGGGGAGAGGUUGAGGUUCUUCAGCCCACCAACUUUUCCAAGCACACUCAAUUAAAACUAAUCGCAUAUUGGUUUGAAAUUUCAGGAAAUCACUGUUGCAAGAAAUGCGGCCGCAAGUACAAGCACAGGUGCAACCUCAUAACCCAUUUGCGCGUUGAAUGCGGCAAAGAGCCGAAGAUGCUGUGCCAGUACUGUCCUUACAAGACGAAGCAUAAGUCAUCUUUGAAGACCCACAUCGCACUGAAGCACUCGAAAAUUUUAGUCUAA